UCUGCUCUUGUGGUUGGUCGCCGUUUUCCCGCUUUGCCCGGACACCGCCAUUUUAAAUAAAAAUAAAUAAAUAAAAUAGCAGUGGCGUUCGGUGAGCUCUUCUUCUGGACGGGGAUUUUUUUUUAAAUUGUUCUAGCGGUGACCGGGACACUUCCUGUAGCCGGUUCUCUGCGCCUUUUCCCGCCAAGUGUGACCGAGACUUGUUCAGACAUCUUCCCGCUGCGCCAUCUCCGCCGCCGGGCUGAGCACACAGGAAAAAAACAUGUCUUCUGAUGUAUCGGAUAGCCUGACAAAAGAGGAAACAGAAGAUGUUGAGAUGGAAACAGAGGCUGUUGAAAUGGAAACCGAGGAGAAAGAUAUUGAAGAUGCUGCUAAUGGGAGUGAAGGAGAAGAGGAGGAAGAUGAAGAGGACGACGAUGAUGAUAAAAAGGAAAAGAGUCUCAUUGUUGAGGGUAAAAGAGAAAAGAAAAAGGUGGAGCGAUUGAGCUUGGAAAUGACCGUUGUAAGGAAGGACUCAGUCAUGACUGAAGGAAAGGGUGAAAAACUACAUGAAAUAGAACGCAUAUACUACUUCUUAAAGAAGAAGAAAUGUGAUGAGUUACGACUUUUGCAUCGUCUGCUUUUUAAUCGCCCAGGCACAGUUAAUCUGGUGAAAAAGAAUAUUGGACAGUUUAAUGGCUUUGCAUUUGAUGCUGGAAGUGAACAGUACAAAAAAAAGGAAGAUAUGCUAAAAAAGUUUAAAAAGAGCGAUUUGAAAAAUAUUUGUGGCGUACUUGAUCUUGAAAAGUCUGGUGCAAACGUUGAGUUAAUUUCUAGGAUUAUGAAAUUCCUCUUGAAGCCCAAGUCUACAGGAAAGUCCUUGCCAAAGUCCAAGUCUAAGACUCCAAAGAGCAGUAAAAAAGAACGUAGCAGUUCAGGCUCAGCACGAAAGUCUAAAAGCAGUAAAUCCAAUGUAAUUUUGACUGACGAGUCUAGCAGUGAGGAUGAGAAAAAGGAUAAAGAGUCUUCCGAGGAGGAAAAAAGCGAGGAAGAGGAGGAGGAAGAGGAGCCACCAAAGAAAGUUGCUAAAAAGGAAAAGGCCAAACCAAAAUCAACACCCAAGAGUAAGAAAGCCACAAAAUCUGCAAAUGUAAAGAAGGCAGAUAGCAGUACUACAAACAAGAAGAGCCAAGCUAGUUCCAAAAAAGAGACCAUAGUAGAAUCGGAAAGCGAGUCAGAAGACAGCUCAGAUGAUGAGCCCUUGAUAAAGAAGGUGAAUAAACCACCCACUGAUGAAGAGAUCCAAGAAACGGUGAAAAAGCUUUUAGCAGAAGCAAACCUGGAAGAAGUCACAAUGAAGCAAAUCUGCAAAAAGGUGAAUGAGAGCUAUCCUACUCAUGACUUGUCCUCAAGAAAAACUUUCAUUAAGGCUACAGUUAAAGAGCUUAUUUCAUGAUUCUUUAGAGAACUAUAUUUUAUACAUGGAAAAUACAUGGACUGUUGGAUUAUACUCGUUAUACUUCAUAUAUGAGAAUGACACCAGCAAAAGUGUAUUUGUUUUUACCACUUUGGGUACAGUGUAUUUUUAAGCAGAUUUUGCUUUGUUUGCGUUUAAAGGCCUAUGUAAAUUGCUUAAUUAAAACCUAUUUUUACAGUAGUAUCCAAGUAGUAUACUUUUAGCUAUCCAUUUUUUUUUUUUUUUUUUAUCAUUCUCUAUAGUUUUGCAAUCCUUCUAUUUGCAUUGCAGCUGGAAGACAUUGCGCACGUCAGUGAGUUGUGGGGUUUCCUUAAAAACCUGUUCCUUUAUACCAAGGCUGCCAAUGUGACCACCUAUUAAAAAUACCAGUGUUCUGGCUUUUGAACCAAUAGUUUCAGUACUUUGUCACUGACCUGGAACAAGUCUGUAUUUUAUUUUAAGUUCUGAUUCGCUGACUUUUCUCAUCCGCAUGCUUUUUCCAGAUCAGUGGGGUUGGUUUGCAAAGGGGAUAUGCGCUAUUUAAAUUUUAUUUUGUAAUUUUAGUAAAGUGAUAUUCAUUUUGGCUUGGCGAAUAAGGUGAAUAU